AUGUUCAUCCAAUUACUAUUCACGUUUUACAUAAAAGGUAUUGAUUAUCAACCAGGUGGAUCAUCAGCAGUUUCAAAGGGAAAAGAUCCAUUAAGUGAUCCAGUUCAAUGUGCAAGAGAUAUUAUAUUAUUUCAAGAAUUGGGAGUUAAUACUGUUCGAAUUUAUUCGGUAAAUCCAGAUUUAAAUCAUGAUAAAUGUAUGACAAUGUUAGCAAUGGCAGGUAUAUAUUUAGUAUUAGAUGUUAAUUCACCAUUAGCUAAUCAUCAUUUGAAUAGGUAUGAACCAUGGACAAGUUAUAAUUUAUUAUAUUUUGAAAAUAUUUUUAAAGUUAUUCAACAAUUUUCUUAUUAUAAUAAUACUUUAGGAUUUUUAGCUGGUAAUGAAGUUAUAAAUGAUCCAAUAUCUGCUGCUGUUGCUGCUCCAUAUAUUAAGGCAGUUGUAAGAGAUAUUAAAAAUUAUAUUAGUAUUAAUUCUCCAAGACCUAUUCCUGUAGGUUAUUCAGCAGCUGAUGAUUUAAAUUACAGAAUAUCUUUAGCGCAAUAUUUAGAAUGUGCUGAUUCAAAUACAAUGGAAAGUGUUGAUUUUUAUGGUGUUAAUUCUUAUCAAUGGUGUGGUGAUCAAACUUUUUAUAGUUCUGGUUAUAAUAUUUUGGUUGAUGAUUAUAAAGGAUUUACUAAACCUUUAUUUUUUUCCGAAUAUGGAUGUAAUGAAGUAUUACCAAGAAAUUUCGAUGAAGUCCCUAUUUUGUAUACUAAUAAUAUGGUUGAUGUAUUUAGUGGUGGUUUAGUUUAUGAAUUUACUCAAGAACCAAAUAAUUAUGGAUUAGUUGAGAUUUUACCUUCUGGUGAUGUUAAAUUAUUACGAGAUUUUAUUCAAUUGAAAUCUAAAUUUGAUAAUUUACCUGAAUUAGAUUAUGAAUUCAUUAUAAAUUCAAUGAAAACAAAUGCUAAAGAUAUUCAAUUCAAAAUAAAAAAAUUCAAAUCUCCAAUUCCAAAAUGUAAACCAUCAUAUCCAAAUUUAGUUAUAUCUUCAGCAGUACCUCCACCAAUAGUUGAUGCAAUGAUUGAAUCAGGUGUUCCUAUAAAUAAUGGACAAUUUGUUGAAUUAUCAAAAGAUGAAUUAAAAACAAAUUAUAAAUUUUAUCAACCAAAUGGUGAAAUUUUAGAUACAUUAUAUGAAAUUGAUGUUGUGGUAGAUUUUGAAAUUGAAUCACAGGAUGCUCCAAAAAAGGGUAUGUAUGAUUCUCGUGAUGAAAAAGAAAAAGAACAUACCGAAGAAUCAACGACUCAUGACGUUACCGAAACUAAUACUCCAAGUGAAUCAUCAGCUGAACCACACCAUCCAAAUGCUUUUGUUGAUACUAUUAAUAAAGCAACUGAUUCAGUCAAAAAAUUUUGGACAAAUUUAUUUAGUCAAAAUUAA